AUGAACAGGCGCCGCCGUGAUAAGAUCCAACGAGGAGGAUCGACCCGCGAUAGCAAGACCCAGUGGACAGGACAUGCAGCAAUGGAACCACCGUGGCUUGCUUUGCUUUUGUCUAUUAAGCUCAUAGGCACGGUCAGAGGCCCGCCAUGGAGGGGAUCUACUGUACGAUCGCAGACAGACCCUGACAUCCGGUCUGGUUGUCAGUUGGACGGGUUCCUAUCGGGUGAGCAAGGCACAGCAGCUUCUCGCCGGGUGACAGGAAGUGGACGACAGAAGUUGGCAGCAGAUCUUGCUGUUCCCCAAACUAUUGUCUCUACGAACCUCUCCAAGGUGAUCUCCGACUACGAGGCUUCUGGAUGGGUAAUCAGCCAGCCACAGGGACCACUGCACACGAGCUGCAGAAGUACCGGGCCCAUUGUUCAGGGCCAGACCCACCGGUUGUGCAGGAGAGAUGCUGAUUGCAGGGAAGGACCGAGUAGUAGAGAAGAUGCAGGAAGAAAGCAGGAGAAUACUAGCCAACCUGCUGUCCACCACACCGGAUGCAGUAGAAAACCACACAGUGAUUCGUGUGUCAGACUGGCAGCUGCAGUUCACCAGAAAGCUGUGAGGGACCGUCCGACGCGAAAGUUCUGUCGGGAUGAGCUUUGGUUCAUCGCUAGUGGCAGGAUCCGCACCGAUAGAUCAGAGAAAGUCGGAUCCGCUCGGGCCAGCCGGUCGGAAGGCACCCUCCUGAUUGGCGGCUGGUGGCGUCUCCUUUUCUCUUCCCCCCCGUGGAUCCCAUCCACUGCUGGCUGCAUUGCAAUUGAACCACUCCUGCAAUUUGGUCCCAACUGGCUGGCAUCUAAUUCCAGACCGAGCCAGGAUUACUGCAAAUGGGUAAUUGAGGAAGGAAAACAGUCAAAUCGGGCCGAGAUCGAUCAGUCCGUGGAUCACCAGCUGGGGAUCGCCUGCAAAAUGGAGCCACUAUUGAUGCUUGCUUUUUGA